GUAGUUUUCCCUCUCUGAUCAAGAGCUAGGGUUUCUCCGGUCGAGCGGCGGGAGCAGUGCUUGCAUUCUCAUCAGUUUAGGUACUUACCUGAGAUAGAUAUCUUGCAACUACCAGAUGGCUCCACCAGCUAAAGCUACCUCCAAAAAACCUGAUGGCAAAACACAGGCAUUGAAGGUUGCCAAGGCUGUGAAAUCUGGAGCCUCUACUCUAAAAAAAAAAUCUAAGAAGAUACGUACUUCUGUAACCUUCCAUCGCCCAAAGACACUGAAGAAAGAAAGAAACCCAAAAUACCCCAGAAUUAGCGCCGCUCCAAGGAACAAGCUGGACCAUUAUCAGAUUCUCAAGUAUCCGCUGACCACUGAAUCUGCUAUGAAGAAAAUUGAAGAUAACAACACCCUGGUGUUCAUUGUGGAUAUCCGGGCGGAUAAGAAGAAGAUCAAAGGCGCUGUCAAGAAAAUGUAUGACAUUCAGGCAAAGAAAGUAAACACCCUUAUUAGGCCUGAUGGGACCAAGAAGGCUUAUGUCAGAUUGACUCCUGAUUAUGAUGCUCUUGAUGUGGCAAACAAGAUCGGUAUCAUUUAAAGCUUCUUUCAAGCUGAUGGCAGGGCAAUUUUAUUACUGCAUUACAUUUCUCCUGCUGUUUAGGCUGUUGAACUUUUGUAACCUGAGUUUGUACUGUUUGAUACAUUUUGUCAUGAUUAGACAACUGGUUUUUAUCAAAAUCUUUGCUUUUUAAAGUUUACAUA